CCCUGCUCAGUUGGGUGGUUGUUUACUAUCGCAGAAAUCCAGUUACCUGCGUACCCGUUCAUUCCUCUUUGAUAAUGGCAACUACGAUCAGUACGCAGCGUGGGCAGGUGUACAUUGGGGAGCUGCCCCAGGACUUCCUGCGCAUCACCCCCACGCAGCAGCAGCAGCAGGUGCAGCUGGACGCCCAGGCAGCCCAGCAGCUGCAGUACACCGGCUCCAUCGGCACCGUGGGACGCCUCAGCAUCACUGUAGUACAGGCUAAGCUUGCAAAGAACUACGGGAUGACGCGGAUGGACCCCUACUGCAGAAUCAGGCUGGGCUACGCCGUGUACGAGACGCCCACAGCACACAAUGGGGCCAAGAACCCGCGCUGGAACAAAGUCAUCCAGUGCACCGUUCCUCCAGGGGUCGACUCCUUCUACCUAGAGAUAUUUGACGAGCGGGCAUUCUCCAUGGACGACCGUAUCGCAUGGACGCACGUGACCAUCCCCGAGGGCCUGAGAGAGGGCAGUGUGGUGGACGAGUGGUACAGCCUGAGUGGCAGACAGGGAGACGACAAGGAGGGCAUGAUCAACCUGGUCAUGUCAUUCGCUUCUAUGCCCGCUGGAAUGAUGAUGCCAUCCCAGCCUGUGGUCCUCAUGCCCACAGUCUACCAGCAAGGAGUCGGAUAUGUACCAAUCACAGGCGUGCCCACGGUCUACAACCAGGGUGGCGUGGUGCCCAUGGGCAUGCCCCAUGGCCCGGUGACGGCCCCGGCGGUGGCGCCCCCGCAGGGCGUGAGCGUGAGCUGCGGGCCGGAGGAGCUGAAGGCACUGCAGGACAUGUUCCCCAACAUCGACCCCCAGGUGGUGCGCACCGUGCUGGAGGCGCAGCGAGGCAACCGGGAGGCCGCCAUCAACUCCCUGCUCCAGAUGACCGAGGAGCUGUGAGGAGAGAGAGGACGGGCCGCCAGAGAAGAAUUGGAGUAGAGAAGAGAAGAGAAGAGAAGAGCGGAGGGAAGGAGGUACUGGACUAGAGGAAAGAGGAGGAG